AUGAAGUUUAAACCCGACAGACUGCCGGUGAUGGCACAGGACUUUACCGCCUUAACUGGAGAGGACUGUUUUGAGGGAAAAUCCCCGUGUUCAGACACAGAAGCCAACGACUAUGAUGGCGUUCUGGAGAUUAAUCAGUUUGACGGACUGCCUUAUUCCUCCAGGUUUUAUAAACUGCAGGAGGAAAGAAAAGCGCUGCCGGCGUGGAAAGCUAAAUGUGAAUUUAUGGACACUUUGGCAAGAGCUCAGUUUGUAGUUGUCAGUGGCGCCGCGAACACUGGGAGGAGUUCUCAAGUCCCCCAGUGGUGCGCUGAAUUCUGCCUGUCGGCCCAGUUCCACCACGGCUCGGUGGUCUGCACCCAGACCCACGCGCAGCAGGCGGUGGACCUGGCUCUGAGAGUGGCCGAUGAGAUGGACGUCAACGUGGGCCACGAAGUCGGGUACCGCAUCCCCCUGGAGGCCUGCUGCGCCGCCGACACCCUGCUCAGGUUCUGCACGGACGACGUGCUGCUGAGGGAGAUGAUGUCGGACCCCCUGCUGGGGCGCUACGCCGUGGUGGUGGUGGACCAGGCCCACCAGCGCACCGUGAGCACCGACGUGCUGCGCGGCCUGCUGAGGGACGUGGCCCGGCGGAGGCCCGAGCUCCGCGUGGUCCUGCUCUCCGCCGCCGAGCCCUCGGCCCGGCAGCUGGCCCACUUCAGCUGCAGGCCGCCGGUGCCCGUGGUUCGCCUGGAGAGCCGGGGAGCGGGCCGGGUGGUGCGCGGCGGCGCCGGCGGCAGCUACUUCUGCUCGGCGCUGCGCGUGGCGCUGGAGGUCCACCGCUCCGAGCCCGCGGGGGACGUGGCGGUGUUUCUGGUGACCGCGCAGGAAAUAGACUUAGCCCGUGACAUCCUGAGCCACGAGGCCAAAGCCCUGCCUCCGGGCCUGGGUCGGCUCCUGCCUGUCGCCGUGCACCCUGGCCGGCCCGGGACUCUCCCGCUCCUCUGUGAGGAGGAGGCGGCGGGUCGGGUCCGCAGAGUCUUCCUCACCUCCAGCCCUAAUGAGGAUUUCUUCUGGGCUCUUAGCUCAAUACGUUUCGUCAUUGAUGCCGGGCUUGAGAAACGAUCCGUUUACAACCCCAGGAUCAGAACCGCCGCCGCCAUCUUCCAGCCGGUGAGCGCGGCUCAGGCUGAAAGCCGCAGGCAGCUGGCCGGUCCGACAGGCAAGUGUUUCUGCCUUUACCCAGAGGACAGGGCGCUCCCUGCUGAGACCCCCCCACGGAUCGCAGAGUGUGACAUCACGGCCACUGUGCUCUUCCUCAAGAGGAUGGAGAUCGCCGGACUCGCGCACUGCGACUUUAUCGACAGGCCGGAUCCUGAAGCCCUGAUGCAGGCUUUGGAGGAGCUGGACUACCUGGCAGCUCUGGAUAAUGACGGCAACCUGUCUGAGAUGGGCAUCGUCAUGUCCGAGUUGCCCCUGGAGCCCCAGAUCGCCAAGACGCUGCUGGCGUCCUGCGAGUUUGACUGCGUCAGCGAGGUGGCCAUCAUCGCUGCCAUGCUAACAGCUCCCACCUGCUUCACGGUGCCGUCCUUGGACCUGAGGCCAGAGGCCACUCAGUGCCAUCAGAGGUUCCUGCACCCAGAGGGAGACCACUUCAGCCUCAUCAACAUCUACAAGGCCUUCAAACAGCGCCAGCAGGACCCGUACUGUGACGUGGAGAAGUGGUGUCAGGAUCUGUACCUGAGCCACUCGGCUCUGCUGGCGGCGGACGCCCUGUGCUCGGAGCUCACCGACACGCUGAGGAGGAUCGAGCUGCCCGUGUCUGUGCCAGCGUUCGGGUCGCGCGCCAACACCCUCCACGUUAAGAGAGCCCUGCUGGCGGGGUUCUUCAUGCAGGUGGCGCGUGACGUGGAUGGAUCGGGGAACUACUUCAUUCUAACCCACAAGCACGUGGCGCAGAUUCACCCUCAGUCCGGCUACGGUGCGAGGAGCCCCAAGCUGGGCCUGCCAGAGUGGGUGCUGUUCCAUGAGCACUCCUUCUCCGAGGAUAACUGCCUUCGCAUCGUCACCCACAUAACACCAGAGGAGUUCAUUCAGAUGGCGCCGCAAUAUUUCUUCUACAACCUGCCCCGAAGCGAAAGCAAAGACAUCCUCCAAAACAUUUUGAACCACGGAGCGUCUCACAGUCAGGAGGUGAAAUCUCCAUCGUCCAGAGAGGAAUCAAAGGAGGACGAGAGCUACGACCGCUGUGUUGUACAGUGACUGUACCGUGUCGUUCUACCGUGGAUCGUUUUAUCAUUUCAUUUAGUUUUAGAAGUUGCAUAUGUCUUUUUUGUCACAACACUAUGUUCUGUAUUUAUUCUGGUGAGUUAGACAAAGUGCACUAAUAUUAUUGGUUAUACAGUAUUAGAAUUAAAAAUGUUUU